AUGCAGGGUCUCACUCUGCUCCUAGGAGCGUUGCUAUCGUCAGCCUGCUUCGCCUUCCCUUCUGGACAGCAUGGUCUUGGUGGGAGCAAAGGGGGAAAAGCGGUGUACUUCCUCCGUGUCGACCCUGCCGGAGGCUCUGUCGUUGCGAUCGAUGUUGGUGGGAAAGGCAAGCUCAAGGAUCGAACGAGCGUUACCAGCACCAAUGGCAUGGGACUACAAUCCCAGAAUGCUACGGAUCCGGACUUGGCUCCAGUCCCCUUCGACCCACUCCAAGGCCAGUCGUCGGUGGUUGUCAGUGAUGAUUAUCUCUUCACGGUCAAUUCGGGCUCCAAUACUGCCGUGAUGUUUGAGAUCGAUCCGACCGACCCACUCAAGCUUACCAGUAGGUCCUUCGCCUGCAAGAAAAGUCUCGACAGAAAUGCUGAUGAUGCUUUCUAG